AUGGAGGUGAACCGGGACGAGGCGGAGCGCUGCAUCGACAUCGCCACCGCGGCGCUGAGCGACGAGCAGCCGGAGAAGGCGCAGCGGUUCCUGGAGAAGGCGCAGAGGCUGUUCCCGACCGAGAAGGCCAGGGUGCUGCUGGACCUGAUAGCGAAGAAUGGAUUCACACCCAGAGCAGGCGGCCACUCAGACUUUAGUGGGCGCUCGGGGCCUCGACAGCGGCAGACCCCCGGUGAAGAUGCCAGACCUGAACAAAAACCCUCAGACGCCUCCAAACCCUACACGGCCGAUCAGCUGGAAGCCGUGAGGAGGAUAAAACAAUGCAAAGACUUCUAUGAAACCCUCGGGGUGGAGAAAGACGCGCCUGAGGACGAACUGAAACGAUCGUAUCGAAAACUUGCUUUGAAAUUCCAUCCAGACAAGAACCACGCCCCAGGGGCCACAGAGGCUUUUAAAGCUAUCGGGAACGCGUACGCCGUCCUGAGUAACGCUGGCAAACGGCAGCAGUAUGAUCAGUGUGAAGAAGAGAGGCAACAUCCGUCCACACACGAACCCAGUCAGGGAAACUUCGAGCCAGACAUCUCACCUGAAGACCUCUUCAACAUGUUCUUCGGAGGAGGAUACCCGUCAAGUACUGCUGGCGUGUAUGCUAACGGGAGGAUGCGUCCUCCAAGGAGAGAGAGGGGACGAGAGCGACCACGAGAGGGGGGACUCGCUCUCUUCGUGCAGGUCAUGCCCAUCCUCAUCCUGGUGAUUGUGUCAGCGCUCAGUCAGAUCAUGGUCAACACCCCCCCCUACAGCCUCAGCUUCAGGCCGUCAGCAGGUUACACCCAGAAGAGGCUAACCGAGCACCUGAAGGUGCCAUAUUACGUGGGGGAUCAGUUCUCCAAAGAGUUUACGGGGAUGAAUCGGAGGAAUUUAGAGCGUUCGGUGGAGGACGAUUACAUUUCCAACCUUCGCAACAAUUGUUGGAAGGAGAAACAACAAAAGGAAGGCAUGUUAUACAGGGCUCGCUACUUUGGAGACUCGGAUCUGUACCAAAGGGCGCAGAGGGCUCGCACUCCGAGCUGCGUCAAGCUGUCCGAGAUCACGGCAUCACAACACGGUUUCCCUAAUCAAUACUGAGGUUUGCUGGCUGUAAAUAGACGAGCUUUACUAUCUGGAGACUGACAACGACUCAACGAGCAACACAAACAAACCAGCAGCAAUCUGCAUCUAACUGAACUCAAAACAAACUGGACGAAACUAUGAAUUUUAAUAUGUCAACUUUAAAAUGUAAUAUUAACAUAACGAUAUGAAAAAUGGAAAAGCCACUGAAAACAGCUCGUCCCCAUGACAAGACACCGGUCUGGAAAACCUCCACGUCCCAGUUUUGCCUGGAAGCCGUGACCCUGGCUGAGCUCACUCGUUUUUUUGUCUCCUUCUAAGAAUGCAGUAUGGAACGCCCCUCAUUUCCCUUAAAUUGCCAUCAAGCUGCAUAGAUAUAUGUUCUCUAACGUGCCUGAUUUUUUUUCCCACCAAGAUCCAUGAAUUAUUUCCUGGGAAAACAUGGGAAAAUGUUAAAAUGAAAAUUCCUGCAUCUUGAUAUUUUGGAUCUGUACAAAAAAUUCAUUGCAUUGGGUUUAAACAUAAGCUCCUCUGCGGAUGUAGCCAGAGAGGGGGGUGGGGUUACUCACUGUAUGGAUGUUAUAUAUGUAGCAGCUGAUUAGAUACCACAGCGAACGCUUCCUCUGUCAUUUUAAAGAGUCAAAUCAGUACAGGGGAGAAGUCGGGCGCUGGAUUUUUGCUUGUUUGACUUUAAAUGCACAUUGUGAAACUAUGCAGGGAUAAUGUGAAACCUCUGAUGAAUACACACUCAUGUCUAAGGUUUGUCGAGACAUGUGAAAACUGA